AUUGAGAAUUGAUUUUUCUUAAAAUACUUGUGGUGUGUUUACUUACUUACCUUAAGAGAGAGGUGUGUUUAUUUCUGAGAUAUAGAUACCUUAGGGGUGUAAAAUCUUUAUUAAAAACUGGAGUUUAAAUUGAAUUCACAGUUAAGUUUAAGUCUGUUCAUGUGUGUAAUUUGGAAAAAGAGAGAUUCAAAACUAACAUUAAAACUGAGUUAAUCAGGGUUAAAUAUAGUCGAUAUAAGAACCCAAAAGCCCUGCCCUUAUUGUUAAGAUUACUAAGGGGAGCGCUACAUUAAUUUAAAUGAUUUAAAUGAUUAAAUGAUUUAAAACCACAAACGUGAAACUUUGAUGCAGGUUGAAGCUUCACUCGUGGAUUCUGCAGGACAUUUACACAAAUGUGACAGAAACCAGUGUUUUGGUCGGAACCGUCUGAACUCCAUGUUAUAAAAACGUGUCUGGACUGAACUUUGCCCUCUGACAGUAAAAGUGUUAAACUUUAACUCUUCUAAAUUGCUUCUGAUUUCAGCAGAUGAAGCUGCGACGCAGUUGGAGCAGCUGAGGUCGGUACUGCAGUCAGAGACCAGAGUCUCCAGGAUCCAUCUGUCUGUCUAUGAAGAGUGACCGGUCUAAAGAGCAUCCUAUAGUCUUCAGUAAAGAACCUGGAACUUCAGACACAAGAUUCAAAGAUGGUGGGUGUUUGUGGUUCAUGUCUCUGAAUGACUGAAGUCCAGAAGAUGGAUGAUUGUGUGGAGGAAGAGGAGGAGAGACCAGAGUCUCCAGGAUCCACCAGUGUCUCUAUGAAGAGUGACCGGUCCAAUGAUGAACCUCCAGACUUCAGUAAAGAACCUGGACCUUCAGACACAAAAGGUCGGUACUGCAGUCAGAGACCAGAGUCUCCAGGAUCCAUCUGUCUGUCUCUGAAGAGUGACCAGUCUAAAGAUGUUCCUAUAGUCUUCAGUAAAGAACCUGGACCUUCAGACACAAGAAGAGGAGUGAAUUCUGCAGCUUCCAGGUGUCGGUCUACGAAGAGUGACGUCUCAAAAGAUCUACCUGACAACUUCAACAAUGAACCUGCUCAGAUGAAACGGAGCUCAGACCAGUCGACUUCACCGGAAUAUCUGGGACAUGGAAAAAGAUCCAGAGCAGGAUUUCCACAAGCAGAUGCUGGUCUCCAGCAGGUCCUAGAUGAACACAAGACCAGUCUGAGGAGCAGAUGUGAACAUGUGACUGAAGGAACUGAAACAGGAAGUAGAACCCUCCUCAACAGGAUCUACACGGAGCUCUUCAUCACAGAGGGACUGAGUGAAGAGGUUGAUACCCAACAUGAGGUGAGGCAGCUGGAGACAGCUCCCAGGAUGAAGAGACACCAUGACGAUCCAAUCAGGUGCCAGGACAUCUUUAAAGCCUUACCUGACCAACGUGGAGCCAUCAGAGUGGUUCUGACCAACGGCGUCGCUGGCGCUGGGAAAACCUUCUCGGUUCAGAAGUUCUCUCUGGACUGGGCCGAGGGCUGGGAGAACCAAGACGUCACCGUGGUGAUUCUGCUCUCGUUCAGGGAGCUGCACCUGAUCGGAGAUGAGCAGCUCAGUCUUCUCAGGCUGAUCCGGGUUUUCCAUCCAUCGUUACAGAAGCUCACAGCAGAGCAGCUGGCUGCCGGGAAACCCUUGUUCAUCUUUGACGGCCUGGAUGAAAGCAGACGUUCCCUGGACUUCAACAACGGUCCGGUCGUGUCUGACGUCACACAGAGCUCAUCGGUCAACGUGCUGCUGACCAACCUCAUCCAGGGGAACCUGCUUCCCUCAGCUCUCAUCUGGAUCACCUCCAGACCUGCAGCAGCCAAUCAGAUCCCUCACAAACACGUGGACAGGGUGACAGAAGUACGAGGCUUCACCGACGGCCAGAAGGAGGAAUACUUCAGGAGGAGGUUCAGGGAUGAAGAGCGGUCCAGCAGCAUCGUCUCCCACAUGAAGACAUCCAGAACCCUCCACAUCAUGUGUCAACUCCCGGUCUUCUGCUGGAUCACUGCUACAGUUCUGGACCACAUGUUGACCACAGAGCAGAGAGGAGAGCUGCCCAAGACCCUGACUGACAUGUUCUCCCACUUCCUGCUUGUCCAGACCAAGAGGAAGAAGAACAAGUACCAGGAGGGACAUGAGACGAGUCCACAGGAGCUGACGGAGGCUGACAGGGACCUUCUCCUGAAGCUGGGGAGGCUGGCGUUUGAACAUCUGGAGAAAGGAAACAUCAUGUUCUACCAAGAAGACCUGGAGCAGUGUGGUCUUGAUGUCCCAGAGGCCUCGGUGUACUCAGGAGUUUGUACCCAGAUCUUCAGGAGAGAGUGUGAGGUCUUCCAGAAACCCGUCUACUGCUUUGUUCAUCUGAGCAUCCAGGAGUUCCUGGCUGCAGUCUACCUGCUCCACUGUUGGUCCACCAGAAACAGAGAUGUGCUGAAGAACUUCCUGGGAGGAAACUACAGACACUCAUCUCUGGAUGACUUCCUGAAGAGAGUCAUGGAGAAAUCCCUGAAGAGUAAAAAUGGCCACCUGGACCUGUUUGUCCGCUUCCUUCAUGGUCUUUCUGUGGAGUCCAACCAGAGACUGUUAGGAGUUCUGCUGAACCAGACGGAGAACGAUCCAGAAACCAUCCAGAGAGUCAUCUACAACCUGAAGGAAAUGAACACUGAUAAAACCUCUCCUGACAGAAGCAUCAACAUGUUCCAGUGUCUGGUGGAGAUGAACGACCUCUCAGUUCAUCAGCAGAUCCAAGAGUUCCUGAAGUCAGAGAACAGAUCAGAGCAGGAACUCUCUGGGAUCCAGUGUUCAGCUCUGGCCUACAUGCUGCAGAUGUCGGAGGAGGUUCUGGAUGAGUUGGACACGAGCAAGUACAAGACAACACCAGGGGGUCGAUGGAGACUGAUUCCAGCUGUGAGGAACUGCAGAAAGGCUCGAUUUGUUGGUUGUGAACUCUCAGAGACUCACUGUGAAGUUAUUGCGUCCGCUCUGAAGUCCAACCCCUCCCAUCUGACACAACUGGACCUGAGUCAGAACCGUGACCUGAAGGAUUCAGGAGUGAAGGUUCUGUCUGGUGGACUGGAGAGUCCAAACUGUAGACUGGAGACUCUGAGGUUGAAGAACUGCGGUCUGUCAGAGAUCAGCUGUUCUUCUCUGGUCUCAGCUCUGAAGUCCAACCCCUCCCAUCUGAAACAUCUGCACCUGAGUGACAACAAGAACCUGCAGGAUUCAGGAGUGAAACAUCUGUGUGGUUUCCUGGAGAGUCCAGACUGCAGACUGGAGACUCUGAGGUUGAAGAACUGCGGUCUGUCAGAGAUCAGCUGUUCUUCUCUGGUCUCAGCUCUGAAGUCCAACCCCUCCCAUCUGAAACUUCUGGACCUGAGUUACAACAAGAACCUGCAGGAUUCAGGAGUGAAACAUCUGUGUGGUUUCCUGGAGAGUCCAGACUGCAGACUGGAGACUCUGAGGUUGGAGGACUGCUGGUUGUCAAAGAUCAGCUGUUCUUCUCUGGUCUCAGCUCUGAAGUCCAACCCCUCCCAUCUGAAACUUCUGGACCUGAGUAACAACGACCUGCAGGAUUCAGGAGUGAAACAUCUGUGUGGAUUUCUGGAGAGUCCAGACUGCAGACUGGAGACUCUGAGGUUGAGCAAGUGCAGUUUGUCAGAGAUCAGCUGUUCUUCUCUGGUCUCAGCUCUGAAGUCCAACCCCUCCCAUCUGAAAUAUCUGGACCUGAGAAAGAACAACCUGCAGGCUCAAGAAGUGGAGCAGCUUUCUUAUCUGGUGGAGAGUCCAGACUACCAGCUGCAGACUCUCAGCUGGAAAUGAUGGGAGUGUCCAGGACGGAUGAGUCGUGUCCUGAUCGUCCUCAGAGUUGAAGCAGAACCAGUUUGUGUGGACAGACUCUGACUGGACCGUGAUGAUGAUGAUGAAGAAGAUGUACAUAGUUUCUGAAUUCCAGAGUUUCACAAACUUUUCAUAUAUUCAUUUAUUUCAUGUUAAGUCAAAAAGUCUUUAUUGUUAUUAUAUUAUUGUUAUAAAACAGUACAUCAAAUUGUAGCCUUCAAUUUGAACUUGAGUUUUUCAAAGCAAGCACUUUGCCUAAAGUCUGGAUGAGUUCUAGUUUGGAGGUUUCUACUACUAAUGUAGUGAUGGAUAAAUGUCUACGCUGCCGCGGCGGAGCUGCUCAGCAAAGCAGCCGUCUCCUCCACCGAGUCACAUGACUCCCCCGGUGUUUUCUUUUUAAUUACAUGUUUCCGUUUCAAUCCAAGUUUUCCUUUUGUUGUCCUCGUGUUUUCAGCUUUGUCACGUUUUUAAAGUUUCUUUCCGCGUCACUGAUGAAGAGAGAGAGUGAAGAGAUCCGUGGAAAUAACAGCGUUUUUUCAUGAAACAUGAAACACAAAUGAACUUGACUUGGUCAAUGAAUGUUCCUCAGUUUGUUCCAGUAAAUAUUGUAAAUGUUUUCUGGAUAUUAGUAUGAUUGUUAACAAUUCAAAGAAAAUCAAAAAUCUUCAGUAAAACUUGGAUCUUUUCUCAGUUUACUGUGGUUAAUAAGUGUUUGUCUGUGAUUAAUCUCAGUACCAGGAGCAGCACCGACCAUCACAAAGCACUUUUUAUUCUCUUGUUCACCAUCAGCACAAAUCUGACUUUUAUUUCAUGAGAGAGAUAAUUUCACACUCUCUUUCUUUUAUUUAUUAUAAUACUGACAUAGAUUACAGUCUCAUUCUAACAC